CACGACAAAACACUGCCCUCUUGCGGUUUCACCUGUGAAGUACCCUUUUAAGAACAAUAGCACCGCAGUACGGAAGGAAAUUACGUCUAUUUAAACCGACCAAAUACAACAGGUGGCAAAACAGAACUGCUGGAAUAAAGAGACUGGUUGAAUAUUUUUAACGUUUUUACUCAAAACUGUAUGUUUUAUACAGCUAUCGCCCGGGAAAUCCGCUGUGUUAUGACCAAGAAGAUGCGUCUAAGAUGAAGCGUUAUUUGUGCGCAGCCAUCAGGAAGAAUACUACGCAAUGCAGCGACCGAGUAUAACUACCGGAUAUUUUUGCUGGACAGAGACAGAAGGAAAGAAUCAAAUUAACUCUCUCAGCUGAGAGAACCCGGAUUUGUAACGCCAUUACUUUCAAAUGAAAAGCGUAGAGUAUGUCCUAAACUAUAAGGUAAUUGAUUAGCCUGUGUACACAAAAACGGGGUAUUUUGUUAUGGGAAUCGCCUUACAGGCGCUAAAAAGUAAAAUAUUACAAGGAGGACCUGAUAUCUCAAAAUGACCGACUCGCGGGAUGCAGCGAGUGUUCCCGGCCCCUCCGGCCUCUGCAGUGGGGCCGGGCUAAGUUUCAUCGCGGGCAGAGGACGCCACAGCACGGUCAUGAGUCUGUCCUCCCCAACUCCACCGGGAAGGCUGACAUCCCUCAGAACCAGGGACUUGACACUGGGGGGAUCCUUCAAAAAACCAAAGAAGACCUUUGAGCCAAAUGUCCACGCUGUGAGGAAAAGCAAAGAUGAGUUAAAGGAAAGGAUAAAUUUGACUCCAAAAAUUGAGAAAAGAGAGAGAGUUGAGAGGAAAGGAGUGAGGGAAAACAGAGGGAAGAGGAGAGAGAGGCCUCAGACCAUCCAGUCUCACUCUAUCUUUGAACAGGGUCCCGCUGACACUCUAUUCAAAACAGGCUGGCGUGGUGCAACACACCUGCGUGACUCCACCACCUCUCCUGUGUGUAAACUGGUGAAGAAAGAAAGGAAACAUUCAGAGGAGGAUGAAGAUGAGAUACUCUGUAAACUACAGAGGGAUGAUUUCAUAGAUGAUCCAGAUCUGAAGAAUGAUGCCAAGCUGAAGCCCAUCCAGCUGCCUCUGUAUCAGUCCAGCAGCUUCGUCAAGAGCCAAACACAGGUGUCCACAACAGGUCCAAAGAACCCUCCUCUGUUCGGACCCCUGGUCCGUGAAGUUCAGGGCAGAGUAGGCCACAGCAGGACAGAGUUGCCCAAACCAGAGCAGCCCUCUCUAGUAGACCUGCUGCGGGAUCUUAGCCUAACUGGCAGAGAGCAGCUCUUCUUCAUACAGUUACCUGACUGUAUGCCGGGCAGAGCGUCUGGACAGAAUGUGGACCCUGCUGUCGGAUCUGCAACAGAGAAAUCUGCCAAGAAGGAAGGCAAGCCUGAAGACAAGAGGUCUGCACAUCUACAAGCACAACAGGCUGUGACGAAGGAGGGCUGUCCUGUGCUUUCACAAUUCCCAGAAGGAUUUCUGGGUAAACUGCAAAUCAGGAAGUCAGGAAAGGUGGAGCUGAAGCUGGGUGACAUCGUCAUCGACGUCUCUGAGGGAGCUGCAUUCUCCUUCCUGCAGGUACUGUAA